CACCCACCAUACCCCGUCCUUCUCAGAGACUCAUCAGAACACACCAGAACGCCGGGAAUUCCACGAGGACAGGGCUGACUCCAAAGAUGGGCAAUUGCCAGGCGGCGGAUGCGGCGGCCGUGGUGAUCCAGCACCCGGCCGAGGGGAAGGUCGAGCGCCUCUACUGGCCGGCCACCGCGGCCGACGUCAUGCGCAAGAACCCCGGCCACUACGUCGCCCUCGUCGUCGUCCACGUCUCCGGUGGCGCCGGUGAGACUGACCCCGCCGUAGCCGGAGGAGGAGCAGCUGCUGCCGCCAGGAUCACCAAGGUCAAGCUCCUCAAGCCCCGGGACACUCUGCUCAUCGGCCAGGUCUACCGCCUCAUCACCUCCCAAGAGGUGACCAAGGCCGUGCAGGCGAGGAGGCAGGAGAAGAAGCAGAGCUGCGACGAGUUGAUCGAGCAGCAGCGGCCGCGCCUGCACCGGCGGCGGCAGCCGCCGAGGCCCAGGGGCGACACCGCCGCCGCCGCCGCAGCCGAGGAAGAACAGAGGCAGCCCACCGAUCAGCAGGAACGGAAGCGGCUGGAGAAAGACCGGCACAGGAGCAUCGCCGGCGGCGGCGGCAGAGGCCGGCACUGGCGGCCGUCAUUGCAGAGCAUCACGGAGCUGUCGAGCUGACUAAAGCCAGCCAGCCGGACCGGACUGCACACCACGCAUAUUUACAAGUGAAUUACUUAGAAGUAGAAUGUUUGGAGCAGCUAGAAAUGUACAUUAGGUGGAGGAGCGAGCGAGCGACCAAUACGGUUUGUUUCAAAGGGUUGUUGCUCCGUGCAGUGAAACAGUGAUCUGAAGAAUCCCUUCUUCCUGAGCAGUACAGUACAAGUGCCCACAUGCAUUUUUCUUUUCUGGACAAGAGCCGAGGAUCUAAUAACGGGAUUAUCCCAGUCGAACAGCAUCUGCCAGGUGCUAGGCGCAUGUGAAUGAUUCAGAGGUACAGUACAGACUACAGAGGUCAAUCGACCUUGCCUCGGUUUGCCACACAUGUGAUCCAGCCAAUUUGCCAGCCGGAUCUGCUCUUGCAGUCUGCAAGUUGAGCACUUGAGCUCCAACCGAUGCCCAAGCAGGCUUUUUUCUUUCUUUCUUCCCUCCCUUCAUAAAACAAACAAACAUGUGAUUCUUCUGAAGAGAUCCGGGGUCCGUACUGGCAAGAGGUCAGGGCGGCAUGCAUCAUGUGGUGUCAACUGUAGAGAUUCUGCACUGCAGAUUCAUUUUGUUUUUCAUGUAAGAUCACGCUUCCUGAUGCUGUUUUGUGUGUGGAAGCAGUACUGUCAGCUGCUGCUAACAAUCGCUGUGCUUGCUGCUUUAAUCGAUCCUCUUUCAGAUC